AUGAAGGAGAGCCGCACCCAGGCAGAUGUCGUUCAAGUUGACGACAUGGAGGUGCCGGUGUUCAAGGCUUUACUCUGGUUUUUGUACACCGACUCGUUGCCAGAGAUGAGUAAGGAAGAUGAAGAUGCCAUGUAUCAGCACCUGCUUGCCGCGGCAGACAGGUAUGACAUGGAAAGGCUCAAGUUGAUGUGUGAGGAUAAGCUGUGCGAGUACAUUGAUGUGGUCAAUUCCACCACCAUCCUGACACUAGCUGAGCAGCACCACUGCCACGGACUGAAGAAAGCAUGCUUCAGUUUUCUUAGCAAUCCGGCAAAUCUGAGGGCGGCAAUGGCCAGUGAUGGUUUCAAGCAUCUAAGCAGAAGUUGCCCAUCCAUCGAGAAGGAUCUGAUGUCCAUGCCCGAAUCGUAG